AUGUUGUUAAUAUUAUUUUAUAUAUUCAUAAUAAUUCUUAUUAUUCUAUGUUUAAUUAUCUAUAUUAAAUUAAUUCGUCCUGAAAAACUUAUCUAUGAUAAAUUUCGUCGACAAGGAAUUACUGGUGAACCAUUUAUACCUUUACUUGGUCAAAUUUCUGAUUUACAUCGUUAUCGAAAAGCUGAUAAAAUGAUGAAUUAUUACGGCGAUCUUGUUGAAAAACAUGGUCAUGUUCUUCUAUAUAGUUUUGGUCCAGUUGUACGUUUAUUAGUAAAUGAACCUGAUAUGCUUGCUGAUGUACUUAGUCGACAAAAUUCAAAAUAUUAUAUAAAACCAGUACUAGCUACGACAAUUUUUGCACCAAUUAUUGGUUAUCAUAAUUUAUUAGUAGCUGAAGGUUCUGAACAUGAACGAGCACGUCGAAUGAUAAAUCCAGCAUUUUAUCAUACAAAUUUAAAAUCUAUGAUUUCAAUUAUUGCUGAUCGAACAAAAAAAACUAUUGAAAAAAUUCUUAAUAAAGAAAGAGAUUCUGAAGAAAUUGAUUUACAAAAUUUAUUUAAUACAUUAACAUUAUCAAUUAUUGUAUCGAGUGCAUUUGGUGCAGAUUUUGAAACAAAUACGAAUGCAAAAGAUAUUAUGUGUCAUGUAUUAGCUGAAGUACUUGAUGCGGUCUUAUACCGUUCAUUACGUAUGAUUAAUCAAAUACCUUUUCUUUCAAAAUUACCUUUUUGGAAAAAAACUGUUCUUGAUAAUGGAGCUGAAACUAUAGCAAAAUUUGUUGAUAAAAUUAUUUCUGAUCGACGAUAUGGACAUUCAAAUAGUAUGUCUGAUGGUCCUGAUCUACUUGAUUUACUUCUUUCAGCUGUUGAUAAUGAAGGAGAGUCAUUUACUAAUCAAGAAAUCAAAAAACAUGCUCUUACAUUUGUACUUGCUGGAAGUGAAACAACAGGAAAUUUAAUGGUAUGGAUAUUUUAUAUUUUAAUGACACAUGAGCAUGUUUUAAAAGCAUGUCAAGAUGAAAUUGAUCAAGUUAUUCCAAAUAAUAAUAUUGAUGAAUUAACUAAUGAACAUUUAUCAAAAUUAGUCAUAUGUGAAGCAAUAAUUAAUGAAACAUUACGUCUUUAUCCAUCUGCACCACUUUUUAUACGUCGUUGUAUACAUGAACAUACUAUUGGGACAGGAGAAAAUCAGUUAAAUAUACCUGUUGGGACAGAUAUAUUUAUAAAUAGUUAUAUUCUUCAUCGUCGGAGUGAUUUAUGGCCUCGACCACUUGAAUUUGAUUAUACUCGUUGGUUACGUGAUCCGAAAAAUGAUCUCAAACCAAAAUUAGUUCAUCCAUUUGCUUAUCUUCCUUUUGCUGCUGGUUCACGAAAUUGUAUUGGACAAAAUUUUGCAUUAUUAGAAGCGAAAAUCAUGUUAGCUAUGCUUGUACAACAAUGCAGUUUUAAAUUAAUACCUGGACAAAAAAUAAUUCCAGAAGUUAAAAUAACAUUAAGAACUAAAUAUGGUUUAUUAGCUAAUAUUACUAAACGUCAAAUAUAA